AUGGAAGAUCUCGCCAAUGACAGCUACUGGCGCUUCGACGAGUAUCGCUACGGUUCUGAAGAAGAAGGCGAACUCGACGAAUUCCUUCGGCGCUCCGGCUAUUAUUGUCCAAAGGACUGGUCCAGAGAUCAGAUGCUUUCAGUCGGCCGAAUGCAAUGGACCUCCCGCCCCGAGUAUCGUUACGUGGAGCGGGAUGAUUUGCUAAAAUUCGCCGAAGCUUGUAAGACCUUGGAGGACCCGGAGAAGGCGACAGAUGCGCAGUUGCGAGCGAGCCUCGUGGAAGCCGAUGCUUCCCCCAAGUUCCACAAAUGGGGCGAUCUGGUGCCUGAAUUGAGAGGACGAGUGUACGACUACUAUUUCUCCAACUUUCCAGACGUAGUUUGGCCCCGCUGUACGCAGCCCCCAUUGGCGAGGCUCAGCAAACUCAUGCGAGCAGAGGUUUUGCCCCCUUUCUACAAGUCCACGCGUUUCGAGCUUGAUUUUCUGUUCAAGGGCCCGGCAAAGGGUCAGACCGAGCCCAGAGUUGCGAUCGCACACGAGGCACUGCUCUUCUUGCUCAAUCUUCGUGCAGAGGACUUUGCGUACCUUCGUAAGUUCCGCAUCCACAUUGACGAUAGAAGCAGGGACGACGGAAGAGAACCUUGGGCAACCCUGGACGUGACCAUGACGAGCGACAAGUCCACGCCUGUAGUGUUCCAGAGCGAGGUUGUUGGAUACUGGCCUCUAUCCGUACUCGAGUGUAGUGAGGGUCGCAGGCGCACGCACGAAGGUUACGCGAGGCUCGAGGAUUGUCAGGAGCAACUGCUGCAGGAUAUCGAAGCGGCAAUUAGUGACAGUCUUGGCCCAGACAAAUUAGGGCAGGCCCGGUGUUCAUCAAGUAGAGACGGACUCUCUGCUGACAUUUGUUCUAGGAAACUGAAGUUGGAGGAUGUCACGGCCAUAGUGCAAAAGAUCAAAAACACGUGUCGGGAUACCGCUGAGAGAAUCAAAUGGUGGUAGAGGCAUGGUUUGAGGGCUUUGCAAGACGACAUGGCCUGCUUGACGGCAGGCACGUACUACUCAAGGCCCAUGAAUUGCGGCAAACGUUUGUCAGCGUUGGACUGCCAUGAGAACAGAAUAAUGCACGGAGAUGUAAACGGGG